UACCCUCGUGGCUUUGAUUCCCCGGCGUCCUCGCGCUACCCGCUACCGGCCAUUUCUAAUCAAGCUAGCUAGGCGAGAGCGUCGAUCGCAUCUUGUAGGAGAGCAUCCCUGACUCAAACCUAAUCCUAACUCAACUUUCGUUACAAAUUCCAAAGCAAAGAUGCCUGAGGACGUUGCAAUGGAGGGAGCCGAGACCUUUGCCUUUCAGGCCGAGAUCGCUCAGUUGAUGUCUCUGAUUAUCAAUACCUUCUACUCAAACAAGGAAAUCUUCCUUCGAGAAUUGAUUUCCAACUCUUCAGAUGCCCUGGACAAAAUCAGGUACGAGAGCUUGACCGAUCCGAGCAAGUUGGAAAGCGGCAAGGAGCUCUUCAUCAAGAUCAUCCCGAACAAGAACGACCGCACCUUGACCAUCAUUGACACCGGCAUCGGCAUGACCAAGGCCGACCUGGUCAACAAUCUGGGUACGAUCGCCAAGUCCGGCACGAAGGCGUUCAUGGAGGCGCUGCAGGCUGGCGCGGACAUCUCGAUGAUUGGUCAGUUCGGCGUGGGCUUCUACUCUGCUUACCUGAUCGCAGACAAGGUCACGGUCACCUCAAAGCACAACGAUGAUGAGCAGUACUUAUGGGAGUCGUCCGCUGGCGGUUCGUUCAUCGUGCGGCCAGACAUUGGCGAGCCCCUGGGUCGCGGUACCAAGAUCGUGCUUCACAUCAAGGAAGAUCUGCAAGAAUACCUCGAGGAGAAAAAGGUGAAGGAGGUGGUUAAGAAGCACUCGCAGUUCAUCGGCUAUCCGAUCAAGCUGCUUGUCGAGAAGGAGCGCGAAAAGGAAAUCAGUGAUGACGAGGCUGAGGAAGAGGAGAAGGAAAAGAAAGAGGAGGAUGAGAAGGAGCCCAAAAUCGAGGAUGUUGGCGAGGAAGACGAUAAGGAGAAGGACAAGAAGAAGAAGAAGACAAUCAAGGAAAAGUACACCGAGGACGAGGAGCUGAAUAAGACCAAGCCCGUCUGGACCCGCAACCCUGAUGACAUCAGCCAGGAGGAGUACGGAGAGUUCUACAAAUCUCUGACCAACGACUGGGAGGACCAUUUGGCCGUGAAGCACUUCUCUGUCGAGGGCCAGCUCGAGUUCCGUGCUCUGCUCUUCAUCCCACGCCGUGCUCCCUUCGACCUCUUCGAAAACAAAAAGCGCAAGAACAACAUCAAGCUCUACGUCCGAAGGGUCUUCAUCAUGGACAACUGCGACGAGCUGAUUCCGGAAUACCUCAACUUUGUCCGUGGUGUCGUCGACAGCGAGGAUCUGCCCCUCAACAUCUCCCGUGAGAUGCUCCAACAGAAUAAGAUCCUCAAGGUCAUUCGCAAGAACUUGGUGAAGAAGUGCAUGGAGCUGUUCGAGGAGAUCGCCGAGGACAAGGAGAACUACAAGAAGUUCUACGAGCAGUUCUCCAAAAACCUGAAGCUGGGCAUUAACGAAGACUCGACCAACCGCAAGAAACUGGCCGAUCUGCUGUGCUACCACACGUCUGCGUCCGGGGAUGAGCAGAGCUCGCUGAAGGAGUACGUCGCCCGCAUGAAGGAGAACCAGAAGCACAUCUACUACAUCACUGGCGAGAGCAAGGACCAGGUUUCCAACUCUAGCUUCGUGGAGCGUGUCAAGAAGCGCGGCUUCGAGGUCAUCUACAUGACCGAGCCCAUCGACGAGUACGUCGUUCAGCAGCUGAAGGAGUUCGAGGGCAAGCAGCUCGUGUCCGUGACCAAGGAGAGUCUCGAGCUGCCCGAGGACGAGGAGGAGGCAAAGAAGCGCGAGGAGGAUAAGGUCAAGUUCGAGAACCUGUGCAAGGUGAUGAAGGACAUCCUGGACAAGAAGGUGGAGAAGGUGGUCGUGUCCAACCGGCUGGUCGAGUCGCCUUGCUGCAUUGUGACCGCGCAGUACGGCUGGACGGCCAACAUGGAGCGCAUCAUGAAGGCGCAGGCCCUGCGGGACUCGUCCACCAUGGGCUACAUGGCGGCCAAGAAGCACCUCGAGAUCAACCCCGACCACCCCAUCGUCGACACCCUGCGGCAGAAGGCCGACGCCGACAAGCACGACAAGGCCGUCAAGGACCUGGUGAUGCUGCUCUUCGAAACGUCCCUGCUCAGCUCUGGGUUCAGCCUCGAAGAGCCCCAGACCCACGCCUCCCGUAUUCACCGCAUGAUCAAGCUCGGACUCGGCAUCGAUGACGACGAAGCUCCCGUCGAGGCAGCCGUCGCCGAGGUAGUGCCACCACCCCUCGAAGGUGAUGCCGAGGACGUCUCUCGCAUGGAAGAGGUGGACUAAAUCUUUUCCUUUGACCUGCAGACUGAUUCUCAAAUAAUUGUUAGUGUUGCGCGUUCGAUACGGGGGCACAGAACUGAUUUUAAUUUUGUUCCUGACAAUUAAAUUCAAACAGAGAAUAAUAAUUAUUGCAUUUCCAUUCCGUCAACAUGUCAUUUGAAUAUCAAUGAUUGGCAAGUGGUGUGUGUGAUUGAUGAAUGAACAAUAAAAUGAGUCGAUUAUCAUUA